AUGUUUUUAUACCUCUUCUUCUUUUUAGCCCUUUAUGCGGUCAGCACCCACAUAAUUCACAAGAUCCGAAACCUCCCUCCAACCCCAUUCCCUGCUUUACCAGUAAUUGGUCAUCUCCACCUCCUCGAGAAACCUCUCCACCGAUCCCUUUCCGAAAUCUCCAAACGUCAUGGGCCUAUUCUUUUGCUCCAAUUAGGCUCUCGCUAUGUUCUCCAUGUGUCAUCUCCGUCCAUUGCCGAGGAAUGCUUAACCAAAAACGAUAUCAUGUUUGCAAAUCGCCCUUACCUUUUGGUAGGGAAGCACUUUGGCUACAAUCACACCAGCCUUCUUUGGACUCCAUACGGUGAUCACUGGCGAAACCUAAGGCGGGUGGUGACAGUCGAACUUCUUUCCACCAGGAGUCUUCGGUUGCUCUCUAGCAUACGGGGCGACGAGGUCCGGAUGCUUGUUCUGGGGCUGUUAAAGAAUCAAGGUCAGAUCGUGGAUAUGAGAUCAGCAUUCUUUGAGCUUAUGCUGAAUGUAAUUAUGAGAAUGAUUGCUGGGAAAAGGUAUUACAGUGACAGUGUGGAGGAAGUGGAGGAAGCAAGGACGUUUCAUGAAAUGGUGAAAGAGACCUUUCAUUUGGUUGAUGCAACGACUAUGGCAGAUUUUUUGCCCGUACUGAAUUGGUUUCAAAAUUAUGAGAAGAGAAUGAUAGCCUUGCAGGAAAAGAGAGAUAUAAUUAUGCAGGAGCUAAUAGAAGAAAGUAGAAGCAAAAUGAGCAAUGAUGGUGGUUCUCUAGCUGUAGGGAAGAAGAAGACGGUGAUUGAAGUGUUGUUAUCUCUGCAAAAAAAGGAGCCUGAGAACUAUAAGGAUGAGAUUAUCAGAAGCAUUAUGAUGGUUUUGCUAAAUGCCGGAACCGAGACUUCAUCGGGGACAAUGGAGUGGGCAAUGUCUCUUCUGCUGAACAAUCCAGAAGUUUUGAAGAAGGCACAGAUGGAAAUUGAUAAUGUUGUUGGACAUGAUCGCAUGAUGGAUGAAUCAGAUUUGGCGAAGCUUCCUUACCUUCAUUGCAUCAUAUGUGAGACGAUGCGGAUGUACCCAGUAACUCCACUGUUGCUGCCUCAUGAGUCAUCCAAAGAAUGCAUGGUUGGAGGACACCGAGUACCGCGAGGAACAACGUUAUUAGUUAACAUGUGGGCCAUACAGAACGAUCCUAACAUUUGGGAGGAGCCCACAAAAUUCAAGCCUGAGAGAUUUGGUGGCUUUGAAGGGCCUAGAGUUGGUUUCAAGUUACUGCCGUUUGGGUCAGGGAGGAGAAGCUGUCCUGGAGAGGGACUGGCGAAAAGCAUGGUUGGGCUGACAUUGGGUUCACUAAUUCAAUGUUUUGAGUGGGAGAGAACUAGUGAAGAGAUGGUGGACAUGACCCAAGGGAGUGGACUCACCAUGCCCAAGGAACGGGCUUUGCAUGCCAAGUGUCGGCCUCGUCAAGCAAUGAUGAACAUGCUUUCUCGAUCAUGAGCUACCUCGUCACCGACUCUAUCCCACCAAAAAUAAAGCUUAAUAUCUAAAGAUCUCCAGCCAAGCAGCUACUCUGGAGUUGUGUUA